AAUGUGGAUGUUGUGAGGGCCCUGGUGCAGCACGGCGCCAAAGUGAAUUCCGUCGAUAAUGACAGGCGAACGGCUGUGCAGUCAGCAUCUUGGCAGGGGCACGAGACGGUGGUCAAACUGUUGCUGGAGGCUGGGGCGAGGGUGGACCACACAUGCAAUCAAGGGGCCACUGCUCUGUGCAUAGCAGCUCAAGAGGGGCAUGAGGACGUUGUUAGGACUCUGCUCAGCUUCCAAGCCAAUCCCAACCACGCUGAUCAGUUUGGCAGAACACCUUACAGAGUGGCGCUAAAGAGCAACCACACCAACGUGUGCAAAAUCUUAGAAGACUUUGGUGCGAUAGUGCCAUCCGGUGCAAAGAGCAGGAGUAAUUCUUCCACUUCAAGCGGGGAUAUUAAGAUGAAUACCCCCAUGUCCACCACUCAAGGGACCACAGCCGGGUCUUCAAGCAUAGGUAUGCAAGGGAUUGAAGUAACAAAUGUUAUGAUCCAGCCUUCUUCGGCUUCUCCAGAAUCCUCGUCGGACCGCCGUAAAUCCUACCAUUCAAACAACUCUUCUUCUAAGUCAUCAAUCAUUACAACUUCGACAAACCAAAGUAGUCAAAGUGGAUUUGGGAACCUUUCCAGGUUGGACCGCGAAUGUUUGACCUUCACCCAGCAACUCCAGCAGUGUUCCAUGGGUAAAAAUCGAUCACGACCAAUCAGCAGGGUGCUAUCCCCUGUCAGCGAGCCGCAGAGUCCGCUCCAUUCUCCAUGUCGUACACCAGUCGUGCACAGCCCUUCUGCCCUCGGCAGUACGGAUCAAAACAAUAUCAACAUUUUAGCCCCGUCCCCCAUAAAACAUGGGUCAUCAAAACAAGAGAGGAUCUCCGCCACGAUCAACAUCAUCACCAACCCUCAUGCCGACAUGAUGAGCUCGGUGGAGGAGCCGGUGUGGCAGAGGAAUCCCGCCCAUCCCGCAAACAGUCACCACUUUGCUUCCACCACCAACAGCAGCAGCAGCAGCAGUAGCGGCUCUCACCAACUCCUCAAUCACACAGAAUCUCAUGUCCAUUCGCCAACAUCAGAGUCUCCUUCAAGGAUCAUCAUGGGGCGCGUGUCCUUAGAGAGCAAGAGCCCAGACACGAGACGGAAAAGAAACGGGAUUGUGACAAAUCCAAAAGUUUUAAAACCUGGCAGUGUGACAGGGGCACCGAGGUACAAUCAUCUCUCCCAAGACCUAGAUACCCAAUUAGCAUCCCAUUCACCGACAACAAACGGCUUUAGUAAUAUUCUACCACCAGGCUCACAUGAGGAUAUAAUCCGUGCAAACCUGCUUACUAGGACGGUCAGUGCGCCGACCGGCCAUGUUAACCCUGGACCUGGUCAAAUCCAACUGUCGGCUAAAGAUAAGAUGUCACCAGAGUUACCUAUAAGACAGCAAGUAAAACCGGUCCGGCCAAGUGGGCUGCCAAUAAAAAAGAUUAACUCUCCACAGUAA